AUGUUUCCAAAAGCUCAUCACUCUCGUUUAAUAGAUGUAUGUCGUGCAAGAUGGAUUGCCAGAAUUGAUGGUUUAGAUGUGUUUAUAGAGGUACUUCCUGCUAUAAUUAAAUGCUUUGAGCUAAUGAUUAAUAACAAUGAAAAGUCUUGGAAUCAUGACUCAGUGCGUGAUGCAAAUAGUUAUUUCUUUGUUACUAGAUCUUUUCAGUUUCUUGUUACUUUAGUAGUGGUGUCUCGCUGUUUGGAACGACUAAGAUCAGACAUUGAACACAGUCAUGGUGCUUGGUAUAGUGAGGCAGUUGUAUUGGCAGCUAGUGUUAGUGUUUAUGAGCACAAGCCUCGUACAAUAGGAAAACAGCUUAAUCGAAAUAAUUGUCCUAGUGAAUCUAUUAAUGAGUAUUACAAGAAAGUCAUUACAAUUCUUUUUCUUGACCAUUUAUCAUCCCAGAUUCAAUUACGUUUUUCUAAUAAAAACAUUGCUGUUUAUAAUGGAUUCUUUGCAAUGCCAACUAACGUUUUAAAUGUUGCUGAAUGGAGAAGCAACUUUUUUCUUUUUUCAAAUGAGUAUGAGAAUGAACUUCCGGAACCACGGUAUAUCAUGACCGAAUUGAACAUGUGGGAAGAUUAUUGGCGUAGUUUUAAAAAUUCCCUUCCAACUACUCUAACCAAACUCCUUCCUCUUAUUGAUAGAAUAACUUUUCCUAAUAUAGUUACCUUAGUUCAAAUUCUUGCAACUAUUCCAGUAGCAACAUGCACUUGCGAAAAAUCAAUCUCUGUUAUUCGUCGUUUAAAAACCUAUCUACGUAACACAAUGUCACAGAAUAGAUUUAAUAGUCAUGCUUUAAUGCACGUUCACCAAGAUAUCAGCAUCGAUGUAAAUGAAGUGAUUGAUUGUUUUGCUAGGAAAAAUCCUCGUAGAAUGAAACUUAGUAAUUUAAAUAGUGGUCCUAGAAAGUUCUGA